AUGCAAAACACCGCGAGGGCGAGGGUUGCCUGCAAACUCUGCAACUCACGGCGCGUCCGCUGCGAUCGACCCGGGAACGCCGAUGCAUGCACCAAUUGUCAACUAGCAAAUGCGUCCUGCGAAUUGAUCGUUUCGAAACGUGGCAAGCAUAAGCGACAGUAUAAUGGUCGAAAGCUGGAAAAUCGUGUUCCUCCGCCUCCGCCAGUUGUAGCACUAGAUACGCCGAGUGAGGCAUCAUCGUUUCAAGAACAGACAAAUCACCAUCCACAAAACAAUGUACCGCAAUUUCAUCGAAAUGUCAGCCCAUCCUUAUCAGAAAUUGCAGUGCAAAAGGAUCCCGUUGGCGCUGGCGAAAAGGUCAUCUACAUGGGUGAUUCAGCCAACUUCAAGUACUGCGUAAGUGAGCUUGGAAACCCGUUCAAGGCAUCCGCACAACCGGCCUUCUUUGGCGAUAAACUGCAACAAGCCGUCAUGGACCAUGUAGGCCAUGAUGCGCAGAAAGCACUACGGGCUAUGCGUUCUGAUGAAGACGAAUGGUUGAGGAAGCAAGGCGUUUUCGAUUAUCCCGAGAAGGACAUCCGAGAUAAACUGAUUCAUAGCUUUUUCGACAUCUCUCACCCUGCGUGUCCGAUUUUUGACCGACAACACUUCAUGAAGUUACACGUAACUGGUCGUUUGUCGCCGCUUAUUUUGAAUGCGGUGUUAUUCAUGGCCGUUUUACAUUGCCCGGCAUCAGUGCUGCGGUCAAUGGGCUUUGAGUCUAGAUAUAUUGCGAGUUUGACGUUUCACCGACGGGCAAAGGCUCUUUAUGACGCGGGAUAUGAACCGGAUGGCACUGCUACUGUUCAGGCUCUGAUUCUGAUGUCAAACUGGAGUGGUGGGCCGAUGGAACAAAAAGAUACGUGGCACUGGCUUGGUGUUGCGUCGGCCAUGGCACAAUCGUUGGGGAUGCACCGGACACGGUCGUAUUCCUACUUGACGUGGUCACAGCAGACGAUUUGGCGUCGGACUUGGUGGGUUCUAUUUAUAAAUGACGUUCAUCACGCAGCGGUUUAUGGCCGUCCUCCACACAUCAACCCUAGUUUCUGCGAUAUUCGUCCCCUGACAGACGAAGAUUUCCAAGACUACGACUCAGCAACAAUAAACGGUGCCCGAGAUGAGAGUAAACUCUAUCUCAUUCAUUUUGCUGAACUAGCUUCCCGAGCGGCUACUUGCAUCACUACCAAGUAUUCACCAGCCACGGAAGUCAGUCUGGCACAGAGGCGUCAUGAGGAACUGGUAGACUUUGGAAGUCAACUCCCGCCAGAGUUCUCCAGUGUGCCGUCCAGCAUCACAUUGAAACAUGGCUUCUGGCCAGCCUUGAUACACUUGUAUCACUUGGACUACCAAAUAGUCUUUUACCGACUGCUAUGUGAUCGUCCGGAGAACGAUGUUCUAUUUUCGUUGGCAAGUAAAGCCAUGCGACUGCUGGAGGACGUCCUUGCGUCAGGAUUGCUAUACAGAGCGCCCAUCCACAUUUUCCCUUCCAUAUUUGCUUCAACACUUAUUCACAUAAUUCAGAUGCGCAAAGGCGAUGACUGCACAAAGGUUCUAUGCGAGCACCGAGUACGACUAGCCAUGCAUAUAUUGGAGGGUUUUCAAGACUCCUGGCCUCUCGUCGUUUGCACACGCCACCUGCUAGACUCCCUCCUCAACAGUAUAUCCGGUGAUGUCUCCAGAGAGACAGACAAAGCGCAUACACCGCCACCCAUAACUCACGCAGAACCUGGAAGGUCUGCAAUGGCACAGUAUAAUAGUGCGAGUGCUGUUGGCGAAGGCAUGACAACACACGCCGAUAACGCGUCUUAUCUUUCUGCUGAGGAACAUCUGGAGCCGCACCCCUUUGUGAGCGGCUUUCAUACACCUGUGAUGCCUCUGUUCUCUUUUGGCAAUAUAGCUGAGGAAAUGGGCAUUGACGCGGACGCUUGGCUCUUGGAUAUUAGUAAUAAUUGUUUGUAA